AUGGCAACGGUUACCGUACGAUUACUGGUCUUGCUGACCUUGAUGAGUACUGUGGCAAUGAAGCCAUCGGAAGCACAACUGUCCCCAAACUUCUACGCCAAUUCCUGCCCCAACGCCCUCUCCACAAUACGAACCUCCAUCGGGACGGCCCUCGCCAAGGAUCCGACCUUGGCGGCCGCUCUGAUCCGGCUCGAAUUCCACGACUGCUUCGUGCACGGCUGCGACGCUUCCAUCCUGCUCGAACAAUCCCCGACCACCAACACCACCACCGAGAAAACGGUCCCGCCAAACGUAUCCACACGAGGCUACGAGGCCGUCGACGCGGCCAAAGCCGCGGUGGAAGCGGUCUGCCCAGGAGUGGUCUCCUGCGCCGACGUCCUGGCCGUCGCCGCAAGAGACGCUUCCGCCUACACGGGAGGUCCCUCCUGGGACGUGAAGCUCGGCAGGAGAGAUUCCACCUCGGCGUAUCCCGACGAGGUGCUGACGAAUCUCCCCUACUUUAAAGAUGAUCUCCAGACCCUGAUCGAUCUGUUCGGGCGGAAAGGGCUCGGCCCAAGAGACAUGGUUGCCCUCUCUGGGGCCCAUACAUUGGGCCAGGCCCAGUGCUUCACCUUCCGCGACCGGAUCCAUGGCGGCAAUGUCACGGACAUCGACGACGGAUUCGCUAGCGAUCUCAGGCGCCAGUGCCCGACUGUGGGCGGGGAUUCGACGCUGGCUGCAAUGGAUCUGACUCCCGACAAAUUUGACAACAACUACUUUAGGAAUAUUGUGCAGAAGAAGGGGCUCCUGAAAACCGACCAGGUCCUUUUCAGCGGUGGCCUUACUGAUAGCAUAGUGGUUGAGUAUAGUAGGAUUCCUGCCAACUUCAAUGUCGAUUUCGCGGCCGCCAUGAUCAAGAUGGGAGAUCUUCAGCCUCUCACUGGUUCUGCGGGACAGAUUAGAAGGACUUGCGGCGCCGUCAACAAUUGA